GCAAACAGGAGGGUUAUUAUUAGGUUCCCCCCUCGCCGCUUCCCCCGGGUCCAAUUUCCAGAAUGACGCCUGCCAACCUCAUGUUCGUGGACCAGAAGAGGCUGCUCACCCCUAAGGAGAAAAACAAACUGAGAAAACCCAUGAUCGAAAAAAUGCGCCGGGACAGGAUGAAUAGCAGCAUUGAGCAGCUCAAACAGCUACUGGAGAAAGACCUGCGAGUCCAGCAGGCCGGUUCCAAGCUGGAGAAAGCCAACAUCCUAGAAAUGGCCGUCAGCUACCUGAAGCAUCAGAACAGGGCGCAGGGCGCAGCAGGCCCUCCCCCCAAGGAGAAGGAAGUGGAUUUCCAAGAAGGCUACGCCAGAUGCCUCCGAGAAGUCUCCCGCUUCCUGCUCCUUCACAAAGUGCACCCCCAGACCCAGAAGAAGCUGAUGUGCCACUUUCAACGCGUCCCCCUGCCCACGCUGGAGUCUCCCUUCGCCUCGCCGGCUGCUCGCUGGAAGAAGCCACCCAAUCCCAAGAAGAACUGUUGUUCUCUUUGGCGACCAUGGAUGGAGUCAAGUCGAUGAUGAAGAUGUGGAAGGACUUUCUCUCCUUCUCUCUCUCUCUCUCUUUCUCUCUC